AUGGCGUCUCCCCCUACUGUCCCAGAUUCGUGCACUCAGCCGGCGCAAUGGACUUUCGAUCCAGACACACCGCCUCCACCUCACGGCUUUGCUCAUGUUGCAGAGGCAUCCUUCGACCUCCCGGUCUCGUCUGACGUGCUGUUUUUCGAAUCACGCGGUACUGCGGCGCUCGCGCAUGGCUCCAUCGAGUUCACGGACACCGGGGACGUUGGCUCGGAUACCGCGAAAGUGGAGAUCAUGGCAUACUUUAACGACGUCGACGAGUUCGUCGAGCUUACGAAGGUCUGCUUGCUCCAGCCUGAGGAAGGCAAGAACGGCAUUGGCAUUUUCGCUCCUCACCACUGGGCGGGCCACCACCACCACCGUGGGAUACAGUAUGAGCUGAAGGUUCAUCUCCCCCCGGCCGAGGAUGGCUCGCUUCGCCAGUUGAAGACCCUCAAUACCAACCUUCCGAUGUUUGUACACUAUGCCGGAGCGCUAAGCAACAGCUUCAAAUUCGAUAAAGUACUCUUCACAACAUCCAACGUGCCUGUUCAUGUUCAGUCACUAUGGAGCGACAUUCUCAACGUGAGGACGUCGAACGCGCCUAUUGAAGGGUCGUUCAACUCAUCCACGUAUAUUGAACUGGACACUUCGAAUUCUCCUAUAAGGGCCAACGUCGCGCUUUAUAACGGACAGAACGUGAACAGCCCUGUGACCGGUCUGCAGAUGAGGACCUCCAACUCUCCCAUUGGUGCGAACAUCUCACUGUACUCGACACUGCCAAGCGGGACGGGGGGCAACUUCACCGCACGCAUCUCCACCAGCAACAGCCCGCUCUCGAUUUCCUAUCCCUAUUCCCCGGUCGACCAUAGGCUGCACAUGCAUGCACGUACGUCGAACGGACCAGCACAUGUGCAGCUGCAUCCGACGUACGAGGGCACGUUCAGAUUGAUCUCGUCGGGCUUCCUGGGUCGGCCUACCGUGCAUGCAGACCCCGCAGUGGAGGACCCUGCGGGCAGGGGCCGAACGCGGAGUGUAGACUACCGUUCGGCUGGAGGCAGGGUGGCCGAGGGAAUUGUGCGAUGGCUACCGAGCGAUCGUAAUGAAACGGAGUUGGGCGAUGUACAGAUUUCGACGUCUCAGUUGGGGUUGGAUCUCUUUUUGUGA